GCAGCUAGAGAGAGGGCAGAGGCAACGGCCCUCUUCAGGAGGGGGGGGGGCUUAUUAUAACAAAUAUAUACACACAUGUGUGAACUGUUUGGCCGCACGAUAGGUCAUAUGUGGAUAACAGUUAUUUUAGAAAAGCAUACAACCGCGGCUUUACAUUUAAAAUGCCUAUUUUACUUUUCCUGUUAGACACGUCCGCCUCUAUGAAUCAGCGCACUUAUUUGGGUACGACGUAUCUGGACGUUGCUAAAGGCGCGGUUGAGGUCUUUAUGAAGCUGCGUGCCCGAGACCCGGCUAGUAGAGGCGACAGGUACAUGCUAGUUACAUUCGAUGAUCCACCAUACGGAGUGAAGGCAGGCUGGAAGGAGAACCAUGCGACCUUCAUGUGCGAGCUGAAGAACCUGCAGGCGUCCGGGCUGACUACACUAGGUCAUGCUCUUCGCACAGCCUUUGACCUGCUUAACCUCAACCGCCUUGUCUCAGGCAUCGACAACUAUGGACAAGGACGUAACCCCUUCUUCCUCGAACCAUCUGUGAUCAUCACUAUCACUGAUGGGAACAAGCUUACACACAGCUCUGGGGUGCCAGAUGAGCUGCACCUGCCUCUGAACUCUCCUUUGGCAGGCAGUGAACUGACCAAAGAGCCCUUUCGUUGGGACCAGCGUCUGUUUGCGUUGGUGCUGAGGCUGCCAGGAGCAGCGACUCCGGACAACGAGCAGCUCGGUAGCGUACCCACAGAUGAGUCUGCUAUCACCCAGAUGUGUGAAGUCACUGGAGGACGAUCAUACUGUGUACGGACACAGAGGAUGUUGAACCAGUGCCUGGAAUCUCUGGUCCAAAAGGUUCAAAGUGGCGUUGUCAUUAAUUUUGAGAAGACAGGGCCAGAUCCGCCUCUUGUUGGGGAAGAUAACUUGAUGGAGUCAAGUCAUCCUGUGUCAUCCUUCAACUCACAGCCAUGGCACAGUUGCCACAAACUCAUCUACGUGCGGCCGAACCCAAAGACCGGAGUGCCAGUUGGGCAUUGGCCCAUACCAGAGUCCUUCUGGCCAGACCAGAAUUCUCCUACACUGCCACCUCGCUCUGCUCAUCCCAUGGUGCGUUUCUCUUGUGUGGACUGUGAGCCCAUGGUGAUCGACAAACUUCCCUUUGACAAGUAUGAACUGGAGCCCUCUCCACUCACCCAGUACAUUCUGGAAAGGAAGUCUCCGCACAUGUGCUGGCAGGUGUUUGUUAGCAGCAGUGGGAAGCAAAUUGACCUGGGACAGCCAUUUGGCUACCUUAAAGCCAGCACCACUCUCACCUGUGUCAACCUGUUUGUCAUGCCUUACAACUAUCCAGUCCUUCUCCCACUCCUUGAUGAUUUGUUUAAAGUACAUAAACUAAAACCAAACCUCAAGUGGCGACAGGCCUUUGAAAUGUACCUGAAGACAAUGCCUCCAUACUACCUCUUGCCCUUAAAAAAGGCAUUGAGGAUGAUGGGUGCACCUAAUCUUAUUGCAGACACCAUGGACUGCGGCCUGAGUUACAGCGUCAUCUCAUAUCUAAAGAAGCUCAGCCAGCAGGCAAAGAUCGAAUCAGACCGUUUAAUCGUGUCCGUGGGGAAGAAGGCUCCCCAAGAAACUGGCAUAAAGGUGAAGAACCACUCUAGCUCUCUCUCUCUGGCCCACCGGCGAGACUUUAAGCAGCUGCUGCAGGGAAUCACUGGGGAGGGGCCUCUUCGACUGGUGGACAUCAACUUCAAAGAGUUUGCCGGCUUCCAGAUCGCCCUGCUCAACAAGGAUGUAAAACCUCAAGCUUAUCGAAAUGCCUACGACAUCCCAAGACGGAACCUUCUUGAUCAGCUCACCCGCAUGCGCUCCAAUUUGCUGCGGACAUCACAGAAACUGAUCCGAGGCCAAGACGAAGACUAUCUGCACAGUAUUCCAGUGGCUCAGAUGGGAAACUAUCAGGAGUACCUGAAAAUGAUGCCAUCUCCUCUGAGAGAGAUUGACCCCGACCAACCUAAGCGCCUCCACACAUUUGGGAAUCCUUUCAAGCAGGAUAAGAAGGGCAUGAUGAUCGAUGAGGCAGAUGAGUUUGUAGCGGGCCCUCAGAAUAAGAAAAGAGGAAAUUCCAAUGAUUCCAACUCGGGUGCGACUGUGAAGAGAAGGCGAAGUAUGUCCCCGUUGCUGCGGCGGCCACAGACUCCACUUGGGAACACCAACCAUGUGGUGGGGGGAAAAAGCCCUGUAGGGGUUCAGGGGCAGCAGAGCCUCAUCAAACCCAUCCCACAGCACAAAGGAGUGGAUGGCAACAACGUGGUGGUCCCUGAGAGUAAUGGUGACGAGGCUCUUGAGCCUGAGUCAGGGGAGAUCUGGCCCGCUGACAUGGACCCUGUAGCAGGAAACCCAUCUUCACCGAUGCCGGAGGAGAAGGCCGGGGUGGGAGCAGUGGAUCGGGGAGAAGACGUCCAGAUGACGGAGGAGAGACUAGAGGAAGAUUGUCUAGAUGAGCAGCCGCUGGAAGAGAAGCACAACUGUGAGCGGCUGAGUCCGCAGAGCCAGCUAGAAGGCUCUGAAGCUGACCCUGCAGCGCUUGAGACCAUUUUCAUAGCCCCACUAGAUGGAAGCCAAGCAGAGCUGCGGACGCGGGUCAUAAAGGAGGUCCGCAAGCCUGGGCGAAACUACGAGGCAAUACUUUCACUACUGCAGGAGGUGAAAGGACCACUUAAUGUUCAAAGGUACUUCAUCCAACAUGCUAUCAAAGAGGCUGUCAGGUUCAAGAAGCGGGUUCUGAUCCAGCAGCUGGAGUUGGCCCUUGCGGAGCUGGAGGAGAAGCACACAGCAUCCUCACAGCUUCCCAACGAUCACGGCAGAUAGUGAUGAAGCCAUCUUUGCUUUGUUACUUAGGUGUAUUUUGUUCACCAUUGAACAUCACCACCAUGAAAGAGAUGUCCUUGUUGAUUAGCCUCCAAAAGACAUAUUAGGGAACUGGAGGAAGGAAAAGGACAAAUGCACUGAGAGGAGGUGCUCCUACUGUCCCUGUGCUGUCACGACAUCUUGAGCUAGAAGGUGCAGGGUUUAACUGGAGGAGGGGCCACCAGCACAGAUCCACUGAGGAUAAGUAAAGAAACUUUAAAUAUAAUCCUCGUCAUAUUGACAGAUGCCUUAAACAUCCAAAAGGCUUUUGUCUGUAUUGUCACAUUGUUCAGAGGACACACACACACACACACUCCAUUAGACAGACACACGGUAAGCCUGCAGAUCCUUUAAUGGCAGAGCAAGGGAUGGACAGGAUUACUCCUGUCACUUAUUCUUUUAAAACAGACCUUUCUUCAGCUGGUCUGAAAAGUGUUUGUAAGACUGCAACCAUUUUUCCAGAGUAAUAAAACUAAUGUAGCUGUGUGGCUGACAGGAGAAAUCUGUUCCAACGGGUACCCCUCAUAUUUUUAGUGUUAUAUCUUCAUAGAGGACGCACUGAUGUUUUUUUGUCCAACUGGAUGCUGUUAUCUGAUAUUUUCCAAUUCUUAUUGCUUUAUGUUGAUAUGCAUUAGUAUUAGGGGUGGACAAUAUGGAUACAAUCUGUGAGCGUAUAUAUGUCAUUUUAUGCUGCAGUAGCAAUAUAUAUUGUGAUACUAUAUCAUCACUAGGUAAUAGGUAAACCACUGCUAGAUAAAAUGCCCAGAUGGAAAUCUGUAUUUUUGGCUAAUCCAGUCAAUGAAAUACCUGAAAAAUCAAGCUACUCCAAUACAUGGAUACAAAAAUGCUGUAUACCCAUUAUUUCCAUAUUAAGAUAUAGAGAUAAAAGCUCCAUUAUAAAUUGUAUAGCAAAAGAUCAGAUUUCUCUCAUCUCAUUGGAUGAUUGCCAUAUUCCCACCCCUAAUUCACAUUUUUAGUCAAAAAAGGUGAAACUUAACACGUCUGUCUUAAGGUCAAUAAGUUGCUUUAAAUUGUCCAAACUGGGUCCAUUCUGUUACUAAAUGACAGUUGUAUUGACAUGCUCCUGGAAACAAAGCUCAUACAAUAGUCCCUUUUUUAGACUGAAAUUGAUGAACAUAGUGUGUAGAAGUAUUAGUGUAUUGCACAUUAGUGCGUUGGACUGGAGAUGGACUCAUUGUGUUCAUGAAAUACCUAACACAUGCCAGUUGUGUUUACUGAUGUAGCGACUGAGCAUCAGUGUCCUUUUACCUGCCAUUACAGCAAUAGAACAUGUGUUCAGUGAAUGCAGCUGUUGGUACCCAUUUAGAGGUACCACCCUCCCACCCCCUCCCACUCAUCACAACCUUAACCUACACCUAAUUUUAACCCUAACCCUAAAACCAAGUCUUAACUCUCAAACGGCCAUUUAAUCUUGGGGGUUCCAGCAUUUUGAUCCACACAAAGCAGUUGGACCCCACAAGUAUAGUGGGCUCUCCGGUUUUCGGAGGAAUAUGGUAAAAUAAGCCCACACAAAUACAAAUCUUCCUCCACAGCACAACAAACACUCCACUGAUUCCCAGAAGUAAAACUUUAUACAGAGGAAUUUCUGCAUCUGUCUGGGCUCAGUGAACAGUCACCUGUUGUUGAACCUGAACAGCUGGUAAUCUGCCCUCUGCUGCUUUUUACAUAAACCAGAGUUCGCGCUCCUCCUUCACCCCCCCUUGUUUUUACGACAGAUGUACACUACUUUUUAAUGUUCAUAAGGAAUAUAGAUUAUUUUUGUGAAUUUGUUUAUUUCAGAGUAUAAGAAAUAUUUUGAAAGAAAAUGUUUAAAGCCAAUUUUGUAAACUGUUAAACACAUAUACAAAGUGUCAAGUUUUAUGAACUUACUCUUUUUUUUAACAAAACAAAAAAUAAACCACAGUUAGAAUGGUAUCUACUGUCGAUGUGUCAGUGUGUGUAUUUCUCCUUAGAAGUGACAAUCAACUCAACGCUUUUACAUCCAGACAAACAACAGUUCUCAGGGCACAGGAUUUUAAAAAAGUUUUAUCUUCCACAAUCAGAUCAACAUGUUACAUCAACAGAUGUGAUAACUGAUGUCUGACCUACGUUGUCAGUUGGAACAGAACAGACUACAAAAUGAUCAGCCAAAGUAAAAUCAGCUUUACAUCACUGUUAGAAACCCACUAAUGCUUUGUGUCUUUGUUUUGUGUCUGCAUAAAAAUCUACGGUAAAACCUUGAUUUUAGAUUGAGCCGAUGCUGAAGACACUCCGGUGUUUAUAAGUUAACUGUGUGUAUGAACAAGUGACUGUUACAGACAAAGGGAUGGUGUUGCUCUCAGGUAUAGCGCAGUGCACAGAGUGCAGAAUCAACAACAGCAAUGUCUACCUGCAGCCUCUUGUCACCAGCUGUAUUGUGUGUGUAGGUUUAUGUGUUGUGGAGGUGAGCUGUUUGAGAGCUGUAGGAGUUGUCCUGCAAUGCAAAGGUACAAUUGUGUGACUCUGUCAACCGGCUGUGACCAAUUUAACCAACGUAAAUCAUGUUUUACUGCGCUAUCUUUUUAAUCAUCUUGUGACCGACUGACCUACUGGAACCACACAGCCAGUUAAAAGACAGCACUUUCAUAAAUCCUCCAACCCUAAAAGAAGUGUUUUCCCUCUAUAUUCUGCACAAUAUAAUAAACAAAUUAGAAACCUUCAGAAAAUAAAGACAGCUGUCAUCUUAGAUGCAUUUCAUUUGAUUAAUCCAUAAAUCCAUCAAAAAUAACAUAUUAUCUGACUAACUAACAUGAACACCGAUGUGUUUAGUCCAAGAGAAACCACAUUCAGCUGAAACUAGUAAAGAGGAGAGAUGAACAUAAAACACUAAAUGCUGUAAAAGUUGAACAGUUACAACUUGUAACCGCUUGAGAAGCUUCCCGGAGACCGAAGGUUCAGCCCCCACUGACACCUAGAGGCCAACAUCAACACCUGCAGGUCUUUUGAUCAGGUGGAAUUUUUGAGAUGCAGCACCGCAGCAGCAAGGACAGGCUUGUAGUCCACCUCUGCAUGCAAGUCAUUAUAAUAGUGACUUGAUAGCAUUAGCAGUUCUAGCCAAUUUCUUAAUGUUUUCUGAAAAAGGAAGGCAGGACAGUAAAUGACUGAU